UCUUGGUGUAUAAGACAUCUGGACCUAAACCACUGUGGUGACUUAAAUUACCUCUCUACACCUAAUUAAGCCAUUUUACAGUUAAACCGUAGUUAGAAGGCAGAAAAUAAGGUAAAAAUUGAAGAAAUAAGAGAAAUAUGAAGUUGUGCGCAUAACAAGGUUCAGCUGUGGAUGUUUCCCGCGUUAUUAAGGACACGAGAACAACGUCUACUAUAACUAUCGUCUUUACUGGUGUGUGGAUAUGAGCCAUGGCUGAUGCGUUACUACAUGCAGAGUUGCUGGCCGCCUGCUCUGCCCUGGGGUACAGCGAUGGGGUCAAGUACUACAAGGAGGCCGACUGUCUGGAGACGAUAAAGGAUCUCGUCCGUUACCUGAGGAAGGACGACGAGAGCCACGAGACUCGGCGGGUGCUGGGCGAGACGAGGGUGGUGCAGACGGACCUCCUCCCCAUAAUACGAGACCACGGACAGGAGGCCGAGCUGUUCGAGAUAACCGUACGUCUCCUGGUGAACCUGACCAACCCGGCCCUCCUGCUGUUCCGCGAGGAGCUGCCGGAGGAGAAGGUGACGAGGCAACAGUUCCUGCAGCUGAUCUCACAACAGCAGGGGUACAAGGGGGCCUUCAUAGAUGACAAGUUGUGGGGUGUGUUGGUGGGGAGGCUGGGUGAGCUGCUCCAGUUGGAGUGGGAGGAGCGUCAGGAAGAGGACAAAAUGCUCAUAGAGAGAAUCCUCAUCCUGGUGCGUAACGUGCUGUCCGUCCCCGCCAGCCCCGAGGAAGAGAAGAGGACCGACGACGACGCCUCCGUCCACGACCAGGUGUUGUGGGCCCUGCACCUGUCUGGUUUUGAGGACCUGUUGCUGUACGUCGCUUCAUCGGAACGGGAGCAGGAGCUGUGCAUGCACGUUCUAGAAAUUAUUUCCCUCAUGCUGAGAGAACAAGACGCAUCACAGUUGGCGGCGGCGGACAUUGGGCGCUCCAGGACGGAGAAGGAGAGGGACCAGAAGGAGCUGCUGGAGCUGCGUCAGAGGGAGGCGGCCUACAGGCGGCAACGCAAGAACAAACACUAUGGAGCUCGGCACUCCAGGUUCGGGGGGACGUACUACGUCCAGAACAUGAAGAGCAUCAGCGACCGCGACCUCAUCUCCCAUCGGCCUCUGACCGACCUGAGAAGUCUCGACCUCGACCGUGCCAAGCGACCCAAGAAGAUCAACAAGAACAAUGAGCCGCUGAUCGAUUGCAGCGUCACCAGGAGGUCGACGCUGGCCAUUAGACUCUUCCUGCAGGAGUUCUGCGUGGAGUUCCUCAACGGGGCGUACAACAGCAUCAUGUACGCGGUGAAGGACAACCUGGACAGGGCUCGGGCGCAGGACCACGACGAGUCCUACUACCUGUGGGCCAUCAAGUUCUUCAUGGAGUUCAACAGACACCAUCAGUUUAAGGUUGAGCUGGUGAGUGAGACUCUCAGUGUUCAGACAGUCCACUACAUACAGACCAACCUGGAGACUUACUACGAGACCAUGACCACCGACAAGAAGAAGAUCCCGCUGUGGUCGCGUCGUAUGCACAGGGCACUCGGGGCCUACCGGGAGCUUCUCUCGACUCUGGCAGCCAUGGACAGAUCGGAGAGUGAAUCCGUCCGAGAGUCUUCGAAGGUCCUCGAGUCCAAAGUGUUCUAUGUGGUGGAAUACAGAGAACUGGUCCUAACUCUCUUACAGGUCUAUAACCCGAAGAAGAUGACUCCGACCUACCUGAAGGACUUGAUAGAGACGACUCACAUAUUUCUGAAGCUGCUGGAGGGAUUCUGCGGCAAACGUAAGCGCCUGAUGGUGCAAAAGGUCAAGAAGGUCGGCAAGAAGAAGACCGCUACCAAGAAGACGACCGACGGUCAACUCACGGAAGAUAAACUACAGGACCUGUGGGACGAGAUGUCCUCGGAGUUAUCGGCGGUGGUGCAGGGCGAGGCGGGCGACCUGCCGGACACCAUCCCCUUUGACACGCUCUCUGAGGCGGCCGAGGAGGACCAGAAGGAGUCUGCCAUGAGGAGAAUAAACAAACUAUUGCGUAACAAAGAGAUGGCCGAAGCGGUGUCUCUGAUGCGGUCCUCCCGGGAGGUGUGGCCGGAGGGAAAUAUUUUUGGCCCCGACGGCAUGGAUGCCUCGGAGGAGUUUCUGGCGCUGCGGGAGAUAUUUAUGGCCGACCUCAACCCUGCGGAGGGGGAAGAGCCUCCAGAGGAGGAGUACGACGAGGAAGAGCAGGAGGAGGAGGAGGAGGUCAGGGUGCGGAUCACGGAACAGGAGUUUGACUUCCUCGGCUUUCUGCGCCGCUUCGCCAACACCAAUGUGAUGCAGUCGUACGGUCGGCUCUUUAAACGAUACCAGAGUAAUUCCGCGCACACCAACCACUGCAUACUGAAGAUGUAUCACCGCAUCGCCUGGGACGCCAAACUCCCAGCCAUUUUCUUCCAGGCGUCGUUGUUUUGUGUGUUUCAGCGAGCCAUGGAAGACCCCAGGAGGAGUUCGGACGAAUCCGUCAGGGAGAUCGGCAAGUUCGGCAAGUACAUCUUCCGGCAGUUCCUCAAAGUGGCGGAGAACAGCACCAAGGUGUACGUGGAGCUGCUCUUCUGGAAGACCAACAGAGACGCCGUCGAGAUAGAGUGCGGUUACGAGGAACAAGGCGGGAAAGUCGCCACGAAGAAGGCGUGGAGAGAGGAGGAGGAGGACGAGCUGCACCGGCUCUUUGAGGAGUUCAAAGACGUUCCCGCCGAGGAGAGAGUCGGCAAGGACACCGUCGACCUCAUCCUGCAGAACCUCAUCAACCAGACCAGGACGCGACGGAUGGUCAUCAAGAAGCUGAAGGACAUGGGACUAGUCACCCACAUCAACGAGGUAAAACGUAAACCUUUAAAACUCAAGUGUCCCAGAGUUUGGUCGGAGGAGGAGGAGGAAGAGUUGAAGAUGCUGUUUGAGGAACACAAAGGUGCUAUGGACGUGGUGGGCAGGAUCAUGGACAACACCAUGGAGAAGAGACCGAAGCACCGCAUCAUAGAGAAGAUCCUGGAGCUGGGUCUGGUGUCUGACAGGAAGGAACUGUAUAAAAAGAGACCCACUAAAGCCAAACCCAGAGUGGACAUGAGAUCUCGGGGCGAGCUAUUCUUGGCCGCCAACCGAGGCAGCGAGAGUGACGACUCGGGCAGAGAGAGAGGUGACGAGUCCUUAGACGAGAGCCACGUGGCCAAGAAACCCUCGCGACGGCCGGCGUACGUCCCUCCGGUGGCCACUCCAGCGUUAAUAUCUCAAGCACUUAACGCUGUUCUGGAAGGCAACAUGCAGGAAGCGGUGGAGUGGAUGGCCGGAAUACUGCAGGACGUGGCGGACGAUCGUGAGGAAGACGGCGACUUUGAGCCGGUCCCAGUUCUUGCCAUCACAGCGGCCUGUACCGACGCCAUGGAGGACGACGCCUUCCAUAAGCUCCUGAAGCUCGUGGGGAUCCGGCCGCCUCAGUCUCACGAAGAGAUGUUCUGGCGCGUACCGUCGCGGCUGUCUGUCGCCGCACUGCGUGAUAGAGCCCAGUAUCUGAGGCAGGGGAUGGCUGGCGGCAUUAUUGACAUGGAGAAUGCCGACGUGCCUCUAGAGCCUGUGGAGGAGGAGGAGGAAGACACAAAGAAGAAAAAGAAGAAGAGAUCGUCAAAAGAACCAAAGCGUAAACAGUCUAAACCGAAGACUCCGAAACGUAAUAAAUCUCCCGAGAACAACAACUUGCAAGAUGAUUUCUCCGACUCGGAGAACUUGGACCCCGAGGAUAAGGAAAACUUUAAUCGUAAACCUCGGGCGAGCGGCGGUGACGACGGGAUGGUCCCACUGGCGGCCCGCACACCACAGAGAGUUGAGGACUCCAGCGAUGAUGAUAUACCUCUUACCUUCCUCUCUGGUGACCCGACUCCUUCCUCAUCAAAGGCGCGCGGCCCGAAGAGACGAAUCGUGAGCGAUCCCGAGAAGAGCGACGGGAAUUCAGAAAAAGCGUCCACGCGCGGUAAGAAGAGCAAGAAGAAGAGGCGAUUAAUCCUGAACGACGAUUCCGACGAGGAGGAGGGGGAGGUGGAGGACAGCCCCGUGGUAGAGAGUCACGCCCUCGUCCUCCGUCUAGACACGGAGUCGACGGAAACGGAAAAGCGAGCCGGAGGCAUUGGCUCCACGGUCGACAGAGCCACACAGAAGCCUUCACAGAGUAGGCGGAUGUUGGACUCGGAUUCUGAAGGUGAAAAUAUUCCAUCAUUCAGUGAAAAACAAAGACCGAGAGCCAUAAUAGACAGUGAUGAUGAAUAACUUACUUAGAUAAAUAAUGGAAUGAACUCAAGUGUGAAUAUUGUGAGGCUGUGUUUUAAUUAUUCUUUUGUCAUUGAUGCAGAAUAAUAUUGACAUUUUAAAGGUUUCUCGUGUCACUUGAAGAUUAAGAACCCCAUUGUUUAUUUUAUCUGAUGAUUAAACCCUAACUUAAACCUAACCAAACUACCCUACCUUACUUUAACCUAACCUAGCCCCCUCCAGGUUGUGUAAAGGUGUUAAAUCAUCUGGUAAAAUAAUCUAUGGAGUUUUAUCUUCAAGUGUUCCAGUAUUUUUUCCUAUAUUUCAUUUAUUUAUUUUUUUAUAUUAAGAGAAUUAACUAAUAAUAAUCUUAAUGUCUCUACAGUUGAAUAAGGUUUAUUUUUGUUUGUGUAAUAUAAAAAAUAUUUCUAAAUAAAUUUACUAUUUUCUU